UAUAUAAAUGCAACCAUUCUUUAAGCUUUCCUAAGCAAUCCUUAUAGAAAAAAAACUAAAAAUAAAAAAGAUGGACUGUAUAUUUCUUACAGCUUUUCUCUUUGUACUACUAAACUGGUCAGAAUCUUCUCCCUUGCUUCAAGAUAUGAUCAUGACUUCAGAUGUUAAUAAGGUCUCAGGAAAGUCUUUUGAUUAUAUCGUAGUUGGGGGCGGCACCGCAGGUUGCUCCCUAGCGGCAACUCUUUCGGAGAGAUUCUCCGUUCUUUUAGUCGAGCGAGGCGGCUCUCCUUAUGAAAAUCCGUUGAUAUUGAAUAAAAUGUACUCUUCUUUUGCUCUUAGUCAAACUGAUAUGGCUCAAAGCUUUAUCUCUCGGGAUGGCAUUCCGAAUCUCAGAGGGCGAGUUCUCGGAGGAACUUCGGUGAUAAAUGGCGCCUUCUAUAGCCGAGCUAGUGACGAGUAUGUUCAAAGAGUUGGGUGGGAUGAACAACUGGUGGAACAAGCUUAUGAGUGGGUUGAAUCAAAAAUUGCUUUCAAACCACAUGAGCUUACCCCUUGGCAAUCUGUACUUAAAUUUGGUCUGCUCGAAGCAGGGUUUGUUCCCUUCAAUGGUUUUAGUUUGGAACAUAUUGAGGGAACAAAGAUUGGUGCGACUAUUUAUGACGAAUAUGGAAUAAGACACCCUUCAUCAGAACUUCUAGGAGCUGGAAAUCCACGACAUAUCACAGUUCUUUUGAAUGCAACUGUAAAGAGCAUCAUCUUCUAUAAAAACGGAAAUGAGAAAACAGCUCAUGGCAUUCGGUUCAUCAAAAGUGACAGCAUAACAAAUCAGAUUUAUGAAGCUUACAUAAAUCAACCACCUGAUUCUAGUCCACGGGGAGAUGUUAUAUUGUCGGCAGGAGCAUUAGGAAGUCCUCAGAUACUAAUGUUAAGUGGAAUCGGACCAAAAAAGCAUCUUAGAAAUUUCAAUAUUCCACUCGUGUUACACCUGAGAGGAGUCGGUCGAGAAAUACAAGACAACCCGGCUAUCGCGUUUCAAGCAGACAACAUAGCAAAUUAUCAACUAACAGAGUCACCUCAAGUAGUCGGCGUUGCGAAAGACUUCAAAUUCAUUGUUGAAGGCUUCAUCGCAGCAAAAGGUUUUAAUGCAACAAGUACUACUCUGGCCAGCAAGCUUGCAUUUCCACAAUCCACAGGGUGGCUAAAAUUGAACAACACCGAUCCUAGACAAAAUCCUAUAGUGAAAUUCAACUAUUUAUCAAAGGAAAAAGACUUGGAUGAUUGUGCAAAGAUGGUUCAAUUGUUGCGUAAGGUAUCGAGUACAAAACCGGUUGUUAUGUUCCUCGGGAAUGAACUUCGGACUAAUUUCACAGGUUCCAUGAGUCCCGAUAACCCGAGAGAUUUCUGCAAGAAAAAUGUAACAACAUUUUAUCACUAUCAUGGAGGUUGUACCGUUGGAUCUGUUGUCAAUGAUGAUUACAAAGUGUAUGGAAUAAAAAAUUUGAGAGUGGUAGAUGGAUCAACCUUCUUAGAAUCACCAGGCACAAACCCAAUGGCUACUGUGUUAAUGCUAGGAAGGUAUCAGGGUGUCAAAAUUUUGAGAAAUAGGGAGCAAUAUUAGUUCUACAAUUAAUUGUCACAAAAAAAAUAUCGUUGUACUCUUAGUCUUAGAUAUACAAUUCAGCCUAGGCCAGUCUUAUAAUAUUUGAUUAUGUAAUUGUUAUUGUGGAGCGUAAUACUAAUAUUUUAUUUAAGAUAA